GUCGUCAAAAGGUGAUGACUGGGGGAAGUACCUUCCCUUGUACAGGUCUUAUUUUCGUUUCAUUGGAAUUUUGUGUUUGGUUUUGUGAAGAAAGUAGAAAACUUUUGUGCACGUGUAGUCCAAAUUAGUGAGUACAAAACUUCCCAAACUCCAGAUGUUGAUUUCACACAGAUAUGCGCGACAACCUGGGCGUUGCACACGAGGAUGCUUUCUCUUAGUGAACGGAAAAGGCUAUCAUAUGCUUGGAUUGGCCUUACCUGGAAGCUGUCUCGAUAAUCUGGUGUGAACAAUAGAGGAACCCUCUUUACUUUGAGAUGCAGAUGAAAAUUUGUCUCUAAACCUAAGCUUCGAUCUGAGCAUCUCAUGUUGGCAAAACUAUCUGAUGGUCAGUCAAAGGUCUAGAAACUUGGGAGAAACGGUAUAUCUGUGACUGCAAUUCCUGUUGUGGGUUGCAACUGCGGCGACGUCGGCAAAAAGCAUGUCUCUGAGCUAAGACGUAGGCAUGUUCCUUCUGUGGCGGUGCCGAAGGCAAGUUUCAGAAGCGGCGAAGAAGAUAUCAAAGACUGUGUAGGACUGGACGCUUUCUUCCUUGCAUUAACUCGAAUAGCGGCGUGACCAGACGCUUUUGCCAUACGUUACAUCACAGUUAAGUAACGUAGGUUUUCCUCUAAAGAUAAAGUCUUUCUCUAAGUUCUUUCUCAUACCGUGUAAAUAAGCAAGAGGCCAGUUGCUUAUCACAACUCAAGAUAGUGCAUUAAUUCCUCCAGCAAGUUCCUUCCAAAAAUACAUUUCAAUAAGCAAAGGAAUGCAUCUUGAUGAUGUCAGUUGUUUAUUGGAAAAACUCUCAGGAAUCUCGGACAAAGAGAUGGAAAUCAAAGUUGCCCAAGCGUUAGACUACCAGCCUCUUGCACUGGCAAGCGCCGCCGCUUAUGUCAGAGAAGUUAGACAGACAUCGACUCUUGGAUGGAAAGAAUACCUUGCAAGACUUGAAACAGGCCAAAGAAAUGCCACGGAAACCUUUCUUGUUGAAGUCAACCCAAGCUGUGCAAAAUCCAUGAUCAAUGCAACAACACUGGCCGUAAAAACAGCUAUGGCAUUCAAUGAAAUUAUACAUCACGCCUUUAAUUUCCUGUCUCUGUGCGCACCACAAUCAUUAAGUCUAAACAUCAUCGAAGACUUCAUCACAAGUGUGGAAGAAGAAAUUCAAGACAAAGAGAUGAUUCGAUUAACGAUUCAAAGGUGCUCACUCCUGAUGUUGGAAAGAGAAGAAACUGGCGUUUACAUUCGUGUACAUCAGGUCGUACAUAAAUGCAUUAAAACUGUGGCUGCAGAUCAUUCGGAUGAUAAGCACGACGAAGUCGUCAGUGGAGUGAUUGGAUCAUUCAGUCGUUUUGUACAAAAAUAUCUACCAAGGCACCACAGGCAGUUAUAUUCUCUAAUAAACAGCAGACAUGUUGUUCCUCACUUAAAAAAUUUAGCCACAGAACUUAAAAGAUAUUUUUCUGAGAGGGUCAUGUCUCAAGUCCACCAAAGCGGCUUUUCAAUCAAAGACCAUGUCAAGGACCUCCGCGGAAUGAGCAGGUUGUGCUACAAACAUUCUGAAUGCGAAACGUCGAGACAUUAUAUCAAUAUGGCAGUGAAUUUAUCUGACGUAGACGAGCAAGACGCUGACUUGGAAGUUGCAUCUAUAUAUUUUAAUCUGGGAAAAGUGCAGGAUAAGCUAGGUGACCUGAGUCAGGCAAAAGAUUAUCAUCAUCGUGCACUGGCCAUUCGUCUGAAAAAGCUUGGAUCCGAGCAUGUUGACGUCGCAGCUUCUUACGGUAGCCUGGGUUCUGUACAUCAAAACCUGGGUGACCUGAGUCAGGCAAAAGAUUAUCAUCAUCGUGCACUGGCCAUUCGUCUGAAAAAGCUGGGAUCCGAGCAUGUUGACUUUGCAGCUUCUUACGGUAGCCUGGGUUCUGUACACCAAAACCUGGGUGACCUGAGUCAGGCAAAAGAUUAUCAUCAUCGUGCACUGGCCAUUCGUCUGAAAAAGCUGGGAUCCGAGCAUGUUGACUUUGCAGCUUCUUACGGUAGCCUGGGUUCUGUACACCAAAACCUGGGUGACCUGAGUCAGGCAAAAGAUUAUCAUCAUCGUGCACUGGCCAUUCGUCUGAAAAAGCUGGGAUCCGAGCAUGUUGACUUUGCAGCUUCUUACGGUAGCCUGGGUUCUGUACACCAAAACCUGGGUGACCUGAGUCAGGCAAAAGAUUAUCAUCAUCGUGCACUGGCCAUUCGUCUGAAAAAGCUGGGAUCCGAGCAUGUUGACUUCGCAGCUUCUUACGGUAGCCUGGGUUCUGUACACCAAAAGCUGGGUGACCUGAGUCAAGUAAAAGAUUAUCAUCAUCGUGCACUGGCCAUUCGUCUGAAAAAGCUUUGACCUGAAUGUUUCGUUAAAAUGAACGAGAAUCACGUGAUUAAUAACAUUGAUUGACAUUUAAGCUUUGUACUUUAUAUCACAUUUUCGAGUAAAUCAAUUUCAAAAGGAUAAGUGUAGUAAAAGUUGCUAACCCGAAUUAAGCCUUUAAGCUAACCUGUAGCCAACGGCCCGCCACAGAAAUCGAAUAAUUGCAAUAUCGUCAAAAAAUAACCAUCAAAUUAUACGAUUUGUGGUGGAACAGUUCGUCGGCAUUACUUUCUACGCAGAACACGAAACACACUGAGGGCCUCUGCACCAUAAUCUGGAUUAGUAACGCAAGAGUUUGUUGCGUUACUUAUUAAUCCAAAAAAAAUUUGGAUCUGACAAUGUUAGAGUUGCGACUUGUUGUAAUACCCUGUCUUAUAUACAGUCUAGGUGAGUGAACUGGAGUUCUAAUUUUCCAAAAAAAAAAAAACAUUUUAGAAAGUUAACAAGAUUCCAAGGUAUUUUACUCGAUUGGUGUGACAACUCGUCGGCAUAGCGACGUCAAAAGACAAUGUAAGAGUUCAUACCACCCCUCCCUCGUUAAGAAAGGAAGAUGGUUGUAGAAUGUUAAGAGCUAAUAACUGUAGAUGGUUAUAGUUUAGGUCUAGCCGAGUGUACAUUUUAUUCCAUUGUCAAUAUGCCCGAAAAUCUAACCUGGGAUUCAAAGCAAACAAAGAAAUACAAGACUGAAUUGCCAAUUAAUUUCAUUUAA